AUGUACACCCAGGGAACCUUUACUUGAAUGGCUACACUUCAAACGACAUUGCUUUUCUCAUUUGCACGUGUACAACAGACACAGUGCCUGCAGGUAGGGGCGUCCUAAGAAACAGCAAGACGUCGUUCAAAAAGCUGAAGUCAUGUCUAAACAAGGAAAGGACUCGUAACUUUGGCAGAUUGAUCUGGACAUGCCAGGAAAUACACUGAGAAACAAAAGGCAACAGCAAUCUGCUCUGAAAAACACUGGGAAAACUGCAGGAGUCAUAAGAUAACAAGGGCUGAGAAGGGAUCGGGCUGGAGCAAAAGCAAUCCCGUGUGCUGCCUGCAUACAGCUUCCCUGCUGGGAAGCAGGGGGUGUCCACAUCAGCUGUCUUUUUGCUGAGGCUCCAUCCCACCAAAAUGAUGCGUGUGAAGAGGUUCUAUAGAAAACAGCAGCUGAAUAACAGCAAGAUAACACCCUUCAGCCUGGGUGGUAUUCACCCGAGAGCCAAGAGGGAACUGACACAAUGAAGAGUUCAGCUACCAACUGUGGAGGGUCAUUUUUGUUUCAAAGCUUGGUGGUGUCAGAAAUUUAGGGAAGUCCCAGGUGGAAAUGUGAGGAGCUGCUGGCACCUGACUUGAGCAGACUGGCACGAAGUAUCAUGAGUUACUGGAAACAUGUAUGAACAUAACAUUGUAGGAAAGAGUUCGCGUGGGUUGUGUAUGAGGAAAUGGUGUCUUUCUCUGCUGGAGUUCUCCCAAAGGGUCAGUGAAUUUACGCAGAGGAGAGAACCCGCUGGUAGUACUUUGCAAAGGCAUUCAGCAAGAUCCCUUGGCAGAGGUCUGAAGAAACCCACCUGAGGUUUCUGUGAGAGACCAACAGAUUUUUCACAGCGGUGAACUGUUGAGAAGCCCAGUGAAUGGGCAGUGAAUUAACAGGCAGUGGCUUUGCAGCUUGGGAAGAGAAAGGUUGGUAGAAAACAGGAGCAAGAGAUGCCCCUUCUGGUAUUGUCACCAGGAAGGGACUAGUCAUCCGUGCAGUGGAGUGCAAUUGAAGAUAUCCACCUCCUUAACACCCACAGAAUUAUGUUCUUGUACUGAGACAUCUCACCCCACCUCUAAGCUCACGGGCAGGUCAGAACAAGCGGUGCUGGAAGUCAUACUCGUGGGAUCGAGUGCGAGGUGCGGAGUGUGAGUGGCGAGCAGCUGGGCUGGGUGUCCUGGAGCGCCGGCAGUCCUGAUUCAAGAGCAAGUUUUACAUCUCACUGCCGAGUCCCGGAGCCGCUGCUGCCUUUGCCCACCACCUUGACCAGGAUGGGGCUGUCGGUGGAGGUCUGGCACCACAAGUACUGGCUGCCACCCGGAGCCACCUGGGAAGACAUGAAGGAGUCUGCAGACACACAGUACCCAAAGCCUCAGGACCUCUGGCUCUGUGUCCCCGGUGCCCUGCUCCUGAUCGCUGUCCGAUGCAUCUUUGAAAGAACCAUAGCUCUGCCCCUGAGCAGGAGGCUGGGUUUGUGAGACAAGCAGAGGCCCAAAGCUCAGCCCAGUGCCACACUGGAAGGCUUCUACAAGCUGCUGGGCAGGACCCCAAAGGAGGGGGACCUGAUCUCAGUAGCCAAACAAAGCGGGCUGCCGCUCAGAACAGUGGAGACCUGGUUCCGGCACCGGCGGGCCCAGGACAGUCCCAGACUUACGAAGAGGUUCUGUGAGGCAAGCUGGAGAUUUACAUUCUAUUUCACAUCAUUCUUCUCUGGGGUGGCUCUCAUAUAUGAUAAGCCGUGGGUUUGGGAUCACACUGUGUGCUGGCUGAGAUAUCCACAACAGCCUCUCCUGCCCUCGCUGGGCUGGUUCUAUCUGCUGGAGCUCUCCUUCUACUGCUCACUGGUUGCCACCCUGCCCUUCGAUGUGAAGAGGAAGGACUUCAAGGAACAGAUCAUCCACCACAUUGCCACCAUCACUCUGAUCUUUGUAUCCUACUGUGCCAACCUGAUACGGCUUGGGGUGAUGAUCAUGCUGGUCCACGAUGCCUCUGAUUACCUUUUAGAGCUGGCCAAGGUUCUCCAUUACAUGAAAUGGAAGCGGGUCUGCGAAGCGGUCUUUAUUGUUUUCGCUGUGGUGUUCAUCAGCUCCCGGCUUGUCAUUUUCCCACUAAUCACAUACUAUUAUUAUGUGACAAAAUUUGAGAUGUUCUUCCUAAGCUACCUGAUAAAUGCUUUCCUGAUGAUCCUGCAGCUGUUGCACAUUUUCUGGUCCUAUCUAAUCCUCCGGAUGACCUUUGGUAUCAUCCUCUAUGGUGCGAAAAAAAAAGAUGCAAGAAGUGACACUGAGGAAAGCGACGGGAGCGAAGCAGAGGAUGUGGCAAAGAACGAGUAGUGCGAGUUCGUCACCAAACACCAAAAGCCAGACAGAGUCUUAAAAGUACAAAGGCUGAAUAGGACCUGGAGGAAGAGGCCAGACAGGUUCAUAGACCCCUCCACAGUGGUGCACCCAAAGCACCAUCUAGCACCUACGUUGGCUGCUCCGAAAGUAAUGCCUCCUACUUACUUCCAUGGAAACUACAACAGAUACAAAGAGCACAGUAACACUAUUUGAUAGAGCAAAUUCUCUGCAACAAAACAUUAUUUCUCCACAGUCACCACCAUUAGCUGUGCAUUUUCACCAGUGAUGAACAAGAGCUGCGUGCUGCACUCGAACAAGUAUGUACCAGCGUAGGUGACCUACUGACCCACUGCUGAAAUGCACCACCCUCCCCUCACUGUGCUGCAUGCAUUGGAUGAUCUCCAUAAAUGUUCAGCAAGCAUUAAUGAAUGCCAGUGGGUGCCACUUGUUUUGCAUGGAGGAAUUCAGUGAUGCCCCUUUGCUUCAUCCGCACUCCCAUGUCAGAGCCAUCCUGUCAGACUCUGUCCCUCUGCUGCCAUCUCUCACACAGCAACAAAAUGUAAUGGGAUACUGGCGGGAAAGUUCAACCUCUACUGCCAUCCCACCAACAUCCACCUCUGAUGUUGUGGGUCGACAUCAUGAAAUAGGAGGCACUAGUUUUGGAGCAGACCUCUUAGAUUUCCUCAUAUGGUUUCCCAGCAAUAAGUAAUUUUAGGAAAUGUCUUCUUCACUUCCUCUAUUGGAAGCAUUGCUUUACUACUAUUCUGUGGUCACUUAUCCAGGAACAAUGAUCUACCAGUCAAAGUCUUACUGGAAACUGUUGAACAUUUAACCAACUUGUAAUUUCGGAUGACACCAACAGCUGUUGUUUGCCACCUUUCAGCAGCUGCAUGGGAAAAACUCUUGCUUUAACCUCCAAAUAAGUUUUCAGUUUUGUAGUCAAAAAUGGCCAGGCUUUGGGGCAGGGAUGGACUGCUCCCACAGACAAGGCCCGGCCAGCCGAUGCACGCUGUGUUUGCUGCAGGAAUGGAGAUCGUGUCUAAAAGGUUUUGUUUAACUGAACAGAUACCUGGGAAUGAGGCUCCUGAAAUGGAAAGCAACUGGAACUCUUCUAAAUGCACGCUUUUCUGCCAGAGAUUAUAUGUUAGUCUGAGUGGAAACUUUCCAUAGGGGUGUACUAAUUCUGUUGGAAUAUUAUACGGAUUUUCUCUAUUUUGGAUAACCAUUCACUUUGGAGCGUAUGUUCUCUGAUGUCGUAGAGUUUACGAAAUAACAUAAGAUUUAAAGUUUAUAUAAGAAUGAGUUACUCCUGAACCAAAGAGUGGUUUACCUCGAUUUCUCAUGAUUCAGAACAACAUUUCCUUUUUCUUUCCUUUUUUUGAGUAUCAGCAAUCUCAGUUCAUGUAUCAGUCAGAAAGUCUUGUUAGAGACUUGCCACAGAUCUGCUUCAGAGGGCAGAUAAAUCUAUACAUACGUUGUCUACAAAGAAUAACUAGAAACCUACAAAUGCUGUCUUUAAAGCUGUUUUCUAUCUGGGUUUUGGAUAUGUUUCCAUGGCAUCUGACAUUUUUUACAUGUUAGGAAAAAUGAAACUGCAAAGAGGCGAAAUUUCAAUGUUGCUGCAUCACAUCAAAGAAAGGAGUCUUCAGUGAAAGGUACAUGCAUGUCCCUCUCCUUGAACCCCAAUUCAGCCACUGCGAUGGGAAUUGCAUUUUUAUGUUGGAGCUGCAGAGCAGUGAACCCAAAGGGGACUAAGGAGAGGGAAGCAGGAUCUGAGCACCCCAGUUGGUGAGUGCUUAUCAUCACAUUCCCAAAUACACAAACCCAGAGUAGCU